CGGGCGUUUAUGAACGAAAAGCGGCAGAUGAGUGAGUCAGAGGAAAAGGAAAUGAUUGUAAAUCCAUUCAGAACUUCAGGAUUCUCAUUUCAACAGGAAAAAAGAGCGUUUUAUUCCCGUCGUCCUGUGGCACAUCCUCUUUCAGAAACGCUUCUUUGGGUUUCACCUGAAUCUGAGGUGCUUCUGCUCGCUUUAUUAAAUUACAUCAGAAAACACGCGGGUUUGCUAGAAUAUCUAAAACCCCGGAGGACUGGAAACCUGGAAAUGAAGAGAGAUUUUACGUUUUUCUGUCGGAUUUGGAUUGGGAUUCCCUUCUUCUCAGGUCUGGUGACUGGGUUUUCUAUGAGUCCACCCACCCUUGACAACACCAAAGACCAGUUUGUGAUUAACGCCAACGACACAUUGACCAUUACAUGCAGGGGACAGCAGAUUCUGGACUGGAGCUGGCCUGAAGUGUCUCGAAGUAAAGUGGGGAUUACUGAUCGCCAGAAUCAGCAGUCACCCGUUGACACCCCGGGCCACAGAGCAGUCAGGGUGAAGGAGUGUCAAGGGGAGCCUGGGAAACCUUACUGCAAGACCUUAAUACUUACCAACACCCAGGCCAAUGACUCAGGAUACUACCGCUGCUUCUACAAGGACAUCAAAGCUAUCAUCGAUGGAACCACGGCAGCCAGCAUUUUUGUCUUUGUGCGAGACCCACAGCAUCCAUUCAUCAAGAGAAAUGAGAACGAUAUGGAGACCAUCUUCAUAACGAAUUCUCAAACUCACGUUGAAGUGCCAUGCCUGGUUUCAGAUCCUGACCUGAAAGUCUCUCUCUUCUCGGUAGAGCAGACUCCAUUGCUUCUAGAAGGCAAUGAGAUCACCUGGAAUAAUAAAAGGGGAUGGUUGGUUCCCAGCCACAUCUUUAAGAACAUUUCCACUUUCUUCGGCUUCUUCUGCUCCACCUUAGUCCACAACCACGAGCUCAGAUCAUCUAUAUUUAUUGUGCAGGCAAUAGGACUGAAGUUUUACGAGCUCAAGCUGUUUCCUGAGGACUCGCCCGUGGAGCUCAUGCAGGGGGAGGGUCUGGAGCUCAACUGCACGGCGCUGGUCGAGUUCAACACCGGUGUGGAAUUCCACUGGGACUACCCAGGCCAAAAGGAGAACAGGCUGGCGAGUUUUCAUUCUGUGCGUAACACCCUGGACGAAGCCACGGAAGUCUCUAGUAUUCUCACAAUCAGAAGCGUUAAUGUGGAUGAUAGCGGUUACUACACCUGCUCUGCCAGUAGUGUGGAGCUUACUACUGUAGUCUUAGUUCACGAGAAGCCUUUCAUCAGCUUGGACUACAGGAAUGGAUCAGUUAUAGAGGCAAAGGAGGGACAAAAAUCUGCCCGGCUGCCUGUGAAAGUGUCAGCAUACCCCUUACCAGAAACACAAUGGUAUAAGAAUGGCAAACUGAUCACCAGACGGCCAGAGUUCAGUCGGUUUAGGGUCCAGCAGCAUGCUCUGGAGAUCAGAGACGUGUGUAAGCAGGAUGCUGGAGAAUACACACUGAUCCUGAAAAACACACGUGCAGCCCUGGAGAAAAGACUAAACUUUACUCUCAUAGUCAAUGUUCCUCCUCAGAUCCAUGAGAAGGAGGCAGCAGCACCUACUAACCCCUACAGGAGGAGCAGUCGACAGACGCUUACCUGCACCGCCACCGGGACCCCUCCUGCCACCAUCACCUGGCAGUGGAGGCCGUGGAGCCCCUGCGGUCUCAACAGCACCCGCAGAACCUUGGGUCGAAGGGGUCAACGAGACAAGAUACCCAUCUGUCAAAACUGGAUAGGUUUGGAUCCUGAACACGCUGUCAAUCCUAUCGAGAAUAUUGAAACUUUGACUGAGAUGGUGGACGGGAAAGAAAAGACUGUCAGUCGUUUGGUUAUUCAGAGCGCCAAUGUGUCGGCUAUGUACAAGUGCUCAGCAGAGAACAAAGUGGGAAGAGAUGAACGAUUGAUCUAUUUCUACGUGACCACUAUCCCAGAGGGAUUUGGGAUAGAGAUGGAGCCCUUUGAGGAUCCGCUCGAGCAGGACCUGGUACGGCUGAAGUGUAAUGCUGAUAAUUACACCUAUGAGAACCUGCGGUGGUACCGUCUGGACCCGCAGGCUGUUCCUCCAGAGCUGGACUGCAAGAGUCUGCACCAAUAUACCGAGUCUCUGGGGGGGACGCUUUCAUUCCAGACCACCAGCAACAACUGGGUACUGGAGCUCAUCAUUACCAACAUCCAGCUGCAGGAUGAGGGAAACUAUGUGUGUGAAGUGCAGAACCGACGCAGUGGGGAGAAACAUUGUCAUCGCAAGUACAUCCCAGUCAAAGCACUGGAGGCACCUCGAUACCGUAACAACCCCACCAAUCAGACAGUGAAUGUGAGCGAGUCGCUGCAGAUGGAGUGCGAUGUCGAGGGCACACCCUCUCCCCAGCUGUCCUGGUUUAAAGAUAACCAACCCCUCCAUCAGAUAUCAGGGAUCCUCCUGCAGGACUCCAAUCGGACUCUCAGCAUUCAGCGAGUGCGAGAGGAAGACGCCGGUCUGUACACCUGCACGGCCUGCAACCUGAGGGGCUGCGUUCAGUCCUCCGCCACUGUGUCAGUCAUCGGUUCUGAUGACAAGACCAAUGUAGAAAUAGUGAUUCUCAUCGGGACGGGAGUCAUCGCCAUCUUUUUCUGGGUCCUUCUCCUUGUUAUCUUCUGCAACGUCAAGCGAGUGAACCCAGCAGAUAUCAAGACAGGCUAUCUGUCAAUCAUCAUGGACCCGGGGGAAGUGCCGCUUGAGGAGCAGUGUGAAUACCUGCCUUACGACUCCAGCCAGUGGGAGAUAUCCCGAGACAGACUGCGCCUCGGGAAGGUGCUUGGGCAUGGAGCUUUUGGGAAAGUGAUCGAAGCUUCAAUCUUUGGGCAUGACAAGAAAACCUGUUCAAACACAGUGGCAGUGAAGAUGUUGAAAGAGGGAGCCACAGCCAGUGAACACAAAGCUCUGAUGUCAGAACUGAAGAUCCUCAUUCAUAUUGGAAACCAUCUCAAUGUGGUCAACCUUCUUGGAGCAUGUACCAAACCCAACGGUCCUCUCAUGGUUAUAGUGGAGUAUUGUAAAUACGGAAAUCUCUCCAACUUCCUGCGUGCCAAAAGAGAGUUCUUCUUACCGUACAGGGAUCGUUCUCCUAAAACCCAGAGUCAAGUGCGACGAAUGAUAGAAGCGGGUCAGGUCAGCCAGCAUGAACCUCAGCCGUCCACCACUUCCAACAUCAACCCUCCAGUGCAGUCUCGUGUUGCAGUGGAUGAUCUUUGGAAGACUCCACUGACGAUAGAGGAUUUGAUUUGCUACAGUUUUCAGGUUGCUCGAGGGAUGGAGUUUCUGGCAUCUCGUAAGUGCAUUCAUCGUGACCUGGCGGCCCGCAACAUCCUCCUGUCCGAGAACAACGUGGUGAAGAUCUGUGACUUUGGUUUAGCACGGGACAUCUACAAAGACCCUGACUACGUGCGCAAAGGCAACGCUAGACUGCCGCUGAAGUGGAUGGCUCCAGAGAGCAUCUUUGAUAAGCUUUACACCAGUCAGAGUGAUGUAUGGUCAUUUGGAGUGCUGCUCUGGGAGAUUUUCUCACUAGGAGCAUCUCCAUACCCAGGCAUCCAGAUCGAUGAAGACUUUUGCAAGCGACUCAAAGACGGUACCAGGAUGAGGGCACCAGACAACGCGUCCCCUGAAAUAUACGGCAUCAUGCUGGCCUGCUGGCAGGGCGAGCCCAGGGAGAGACCCACGUUUCCAGCUCUGGUGGAGAUACUUGGAGAUCUACUUCAGGAAAACAGUCUACCCGAAAUCCCGUUCAAUGUGUCUCAGAGCUCAGAGGAUGAUGGCUUCUCACAAGCUUCCUCCAGACCACCAUCACAAGAGGAGAUCAGACUCGCCUGCAACACAAUGUCUACUCGAUAUUACAACUGUGUGCCUUUCGCUGGCUGCAUCAUGGUCGGACCCUCCAGCACGUGUCACUCACGAGUGAAGACCUUUGAGGAACUUCCUCUGGAAAUGACAUCACACAAGACACAUCAUGACAGCCAGACAGACAGUGGGAUGGUUUUGGCAUCAGAUGAGCUCGAGAGGUUUGAACACAAGCACAGAGGGGCCAUGUUGAAAAAUCCAUCGGCGGGCCGAAGCACAGAGCACCUCAUCAGUUCUCCAUCCAUGAGCAGCAGCAGCAGCGGCAGCACACUGCGCCCACCCUUCUUCAGCCAACUCUCAGGCCAAACCUUCUACAACAACGAGUACGGCCAGCUGUCGGAGGAGGGCGUCAGCGACUUCUUCUCCUCCUCGGAUCAGGCCAUAAACCAGGGAGCCUGCCUGGCAACCUCCAACCUGUAACAGCACCGAUUGGCCAGUCGUAACCAGGCCCCGCCCCCUCACAACUAACUGAACUGAAGUCUAGCUUUGUAAAGUUCUCUUAGCAGCCACUGGGUGGCACCAAUAUGUCAAUUUCAAACCAAAAAAGUAUUUUAUCGCCUUACAUAUAUCUUUAUAUAAAGAGUAAACUUCUUUUUAUUUGUACAAAAAAAUAAAUAAAAGAACCAGAAUGGAGAAAAAAAAAAUAAAGGAAUAUAUCAUCUUU